AUGAUUAGAAUUCUUCUACGACACGCAACACGUUACGGGAUUCGCUCCUCAAGAACGGUAUCACUCCACACGGCGGCGAACCAAACUCUGCAGCAUCGUAUCGCAGAGGCUAUUGAUCGGAAUGCACAAAUCAUUCCGGUGCUACAACAAUGGCGGCAACAGGGAAAUCAAGUGAACCCUUCGCAGGUCAGAGUCAUCAUCAAACACCUUCGUGAUUCCGAGCACUCUCUCCAAGCCCUUCAGGUCUCAGAGUGGAUGAGUAAAGAGAAGAUAUGCAAUCUAAUUCCAGAAGAUUUCGCAGCUCGGCUUCAUCUGAUAGAGAACGUUGUGGGGUUAGAAGAAGCAGAGAAAAUUUUCGAAAGCAUUCCAGAGAGUGCAAAAGACGAUUCUGUCUACACCACUCUCUUAAACUCUUACGCAAGAUCAGACAAAACUCUUCGUAAAGCGGAAGCUACGUUCAAGAAGAUGAGGGAGUUAGGUCUUCUCUCCAGACCUUCUCCUUACAACGCCAUGAUGUCUCUCUACACUACCCUAAAAUAUCGAGACAAAGCUGAGGAGCUGUUGCGUGAGAUGCAAGAUAACCACGUGGAGGCCGAUAGUGUCACUGUGAACCACGUGUUGAAGCUAUACUUGGAUUUGUAUGACGUGACGGCGAUGGAGAAGUUUCUGAAUGAGUGGAAAGCGGUUCCUGGCAUCAAGAUUGAGUGGCUCACGGCUCUUGACAUGGCAAAGGCUUACUUGCGAGCCGGUUCAAGAGAAAAGGCUAAAAAAAUGCUGCGUUUAGCGGAGGAAUCGGUUGAUCCCAAGUCGCUAAAGUCUGCGUACAAGAUUCUCUUGAAUCUGUAUGGUGAAGCUGGAGAGAAAGAAGAGGUUUUGCGUAUAUGGAACCUUUACAAGAAGAAGAUAGAGCAAUGUGAUAACAAUGGAUAUCUGAAUGUGAUUUGCUCUCUCUUGAAGCUACACGGACUCGCUGAAGCAGAAGAGAUUUAUAAAGAGUGGGAAUCUUUGCCUCUUGAGUUUGAUAUCCGAAUCCCGACUUUGUUGGCCAAUGGUUAUCGAGAGAGGGGAAUGAUAGAUCAGGCUGAGAAGCUCAUGAACAAUAGAACCAUCAAGAACAAAAGAAUGAUGAAACCGAUCACGCCGAUUUUGAAGCAAUGGGGAAGUAGAAUGGAACAAUCUGAUCUCAAAUGCCUCAUCAAGAAUCUUCAAGAUUCCAAUCAGUUUUCCAAAGCCCUUCAGGUUUCUGAGUGGAUGGGUGAAGAAAGGGUUUGUAAUCUUUAUUCGGAAGAUUAUGCAGCUAGACUUCAUCUGAUCGAUCAUGUGUUGGGUUUGGAAGAAGCAGAGAAGUUCUUUGAAAACAUCCCUGAGAACAUGAAGGACUACUAUGUCUACGAUACUCUCUUAAGCUCUUACGCAAAAUCCAACCAAACCGUAGGUUAUGGCCACUUUCACAAGGAAAUGGUCGAGAAGGUUCUUUGUGAGAUGGAAGAGAACAACGUGAAUCUUGAUAGUGUAACGGUGAACAAGGUUUUGAGAGUAUACGCUGAUGAACCAAAAGUUGAAGCAAUGGAGAAGUUUAUGAGACUUUGGGGUAAAGAAGAUGGAAUCAAACUGGAAAGAGGCACGAUGGUUGCAAUGGCAAAGGCUUACACUAAGGCCGGUUUGAAAACAAAGGCCAUAGAGAUGUAUGGUAACGCGGCAGGGAGUAAAAGAGAAGUGUAUCGUAUUUGGAACGAAUGCAAGAACGAAGAAAUAGUGGAAGAUGAUUUCUGGGGCACUACUAAAAAGGUGGAUGUCGACGAAGUAUGUCGAAGUGUGAUUAGCUCUUUGUUGAAGCUGGACGAUGUACAAGGAGCAGAGAAGGUAUACGGAGAGUGGAAACCGCACGGACCGAGGGUAGAUUUGAGCAUACCGGGUUUGCUGAUUUCUCGGUUUUACGCACAAGAGAAUGGGUUGAAAGUUUGGGAAUUGGUGCAGUCGAUUAAAAUGAAGAGGAUUGGGAUGCAUUUCAGGAUAUUGAAGGCUUUUGCAUUCAAACUCGUGAAACGUGUUGCUAUUGGUGGGGCCAUCUUCUGUUUAUUAGUCGUAACAUGUUACGGAAAACGCCCAUGGCUUCUAUUACUCUUGAUUAUACACAAUAGAUAA